AUGAGAUCUUUUCUCGUAGACUGUUCACCACUUCCAUCUCUUUCGAUAAACCCUUACUUGCUUUUGUAUCCUCAAACCUCAAACAUGGAUCCCAUAUUCAUCCAAGUAGAUGUGCAUUUCCAUGGAAUCUUUGCAACAUACCCCAUAAGCUACACUAGGGGGAUUAAUCAGAGGUUGUUGGACAUCGAUUUCACAGGCAUGGACAAGAAUGGGUGUUAUGAGUUUAUCGAAAGGUUCACUGGAGAAAAGUAUGAGAAGCUCUAUUACUGUAACAUACAAGAAUGGUUGGAAGAACACAAAGAAGAGUUUGUUGAUAACAUAGUGGAAGAAGUGAUUGAUGGUGUAGGACUAAUUAAAGAAAUUGAGACAUGUCACUUGGAUGAGGAUGAGGAUGACCAUGGGGCUGAGGAUGUGGAUGUUGAUGAUGAUGAGGAUGGCCAUAGCAACCUUGAGUUUUUCAAAAAGGAUAAUGGCCCUGAUGUCGACAUGGGUGAAAAGGAAACUUUGGUUGACCCUUUGGAAGAAGCCAAGGAUGACAAUGAAAAUGUUUAA